AUGUUCGGAGACGUAGCGCAGCCGGAGGAGUACCAAACAGUGGAGUUCACUGUUUAUAAAAGUGCAAAGGUCAUGAGCCCUCCCGAUAUGCCUGACUAUAUGCUUGACUACACUAUAGCAAAGGCGAAGGAGCUUUUGGAGGGCGACAACGGCUCGAAUGCUCAGGAAGUUGCAACAGCGCUCAAGAGGGAUUUAGAUGAGAAAUGGCAGCCAUGCUGGUACGCGUUAGGAAGCCCAAACACCUUCCUCAUGUAA